AUGAGUUUAGCAUUGAUCCUUGCAAACCCGCAAACCGCUGCGGAUGGCUUUGCUUGGGAGUGUGCUUACGUAAGAGGCAUCAGCCAUGACUUCAAGGUACUCAGGUCCUUCUUUGGAGAUGUUGGAAUUCCUCUAAGUCCAGAGUCUGGCUGUUUCACCGGCAGCUUGCGGAAGCAGGAGUCUUGUGAUAUGAUAGAGAGGUUUUUUCAGGAGCAGGUGGAGGGCGCAUACAUCCUUGUGCUCGCAUCUCAUGGAGCACCAGUUGGAGGGGCAAUUGCAAGCACUCGAGAGGGUUGGCUGCGCUUUGAGGAUGUCAUGCGCCUGUGGCUGAUUUCAGAGCAUGGCAAUGAUUGCUCGAAGAUGCUGUUCAUUUUGUUGGACUGCUGCCAUUCGGGCUUUUGGGUGAACAAGGCAGCCAAGCUUCGGUGUCCCAAUGUGGUGGUACAAGCCGCUUGCUCAGAUGUGGGCCAAUCGGUGGCAGACUAUGAUGCAGACUGUGGGCCAGACACCAGCUUCAUCUGCAAGUGGGUGAUUGAACAGCGAUGGCAGCCCUCACCUGUGCUGUUCGUCCUCCCACAAGAUCCGAGGGCAGUAAGUGUGGCCCGCUUGGAUGUGCAGAAAGUGGGUUGGAAGUUAAGCUUUGUGACUCGCAGGAAGCAUCCGCUUCGAGUCAUCCAAGCCGUGCCGGUGAGGUGUUUUGACUUCCUGAAAAGGCAGUUGUUGAAAUUGGAGCUCCAAGCUCAACUUCGCCUCCUGAUGGAUCUGACUGCAGAAAGCCCUAAAGGCCCUACUGCAUCGGCCUGGCACCAGUGGCGCUUCCGUCCAGUUCUGGAGGAACUACUGGAACGGGUCCAGCGCCCGCUGAUGCGAAAGGAAGCCUUGCUGAUGGACCAAUGCACCUGCGGCGUUUUUCAAGAGGUAAGGGACUUCAUGGCUUGUUCACAAUGGGAUGAUGCAAGCUCCUGCCAAGCCCGGCUUUUUGCGACCUGGCGAAAGCAGAACAAGGACGUUUGGGUCGAGGUAUCACAGGACGUGGCAGUGAGUGAUAAUGAGAUGGCUUUCGAGGUGCAGUGGCAUUUUCGACACUAUUAUGUCGGAGCUUUUGACUUGGCCUUGCAACAUUUGACUUCCUGCUUGGAAAACAUCAAGCAAAACCAUGAGCACUUGGAGUACCCGUCUUCACUGAAAGCAUUGGUUUUUGCAUGGAUGGCAGCGAACUGGCGGAACAAAGCGAAAGCUUGUCUUCGAAGUGAAGAUGUUGAACACAGUCUCCGUGAAGCGUAUCGAUGCAUUUCUGAAAUGAAUGAAGCUGCAGACAACACGCAGAUGAGUCCGUUGGUUGCGGCGGAAGUUUCGUUGAUUUGCGGCUGUUGGAAAGCCGACGCUGCUGCUCUGGGGAAGGCUGCUCUUGUUGGGGACUUGCUGGGCGAGAGCGUGGAGGAUUUGCGCACAAGCCUCAAGAAGGAAGUUGAGCGAGGCAUUUCUUGUUGCUGUCAGGCAAGCUGGUAUGAUGGCUACCUCAACAACACUCUGACAUUGUGCCACAUCGAAUUGCUGCACUCCCAGGCAAGCCAGGAUGCUAACAGGGUCGAGAACCUGCUUUGCGCAAUGCCCUUCGAGGUUGCAAGUAGAAGAACACAACACAAAAGAAACAUGUACUUGGCAGAGGCGCGCAUUCGGAAGCUGGAGUUUGAAGAGACCAAACUAUUUGAUGAGCAUGCUCUGGAUGGAAUACGGGCUUUGCUGUCUGGUCUCCUCUCUGCAUUUGAUCUUCACAAGGAAAAGAUCAAGUGCAAACAACUUGAGGAACGCUUGCGAUCUGUGGUGGCUCGACAAGGUUCCCCUUCGUUUUUAGCAGAAGUAUAG